AUGGCAGAAAAAACUGACGACCGCUCGAUAUAUAUUGAUUUGCAGCUGGUAAACUCAACGGCACAAAAAGUCUGCUCUCUGCAAGACAGUGGAUCAUGGAAAGAUGGCCCCCGCACAAUCCACCGGGUCCCCCUCAACAUCCGGAAGGGCGACACAAAUGCCUACGAGCCCAAAAUUUUAUCAAUCGGCCCAUACCACCGUGGCGAUCAGAAACUCCAAGCCAUGGAGGUGCACAAAAUGAGGUACCUCCGCGAACUACUCGGCUCCAACCUUGAAGCCAAUAUCACGAAGUGUGUCGAAAAGAUCAAGAAGCUGGAGAAAGAAGCAAGAAGGUGCUACUCUGAGAUAAUUGAACUCGGGAGCAAAGAGUUUGUGGAAAUGAUGCUGCUCGACGGCUGCUUCAUCAUCCAAUUCUUGAUACAAAGGAACCAACCUGAAGAAAGUAAACAGAAGAGGAGGCAAGCUGGCGAUCCUAUCUAUGUCGUGAGCUGGAUGUCACCCCUCAUAAGGCAUGACUUGCUAAUGCUCGAGAACCAGAUUCCAUUCAUCAUCCUCAAGGCUAUCUUCGAUGUCGUGCAGAGUUCCCGGCAAGAAACUCCCUCACUCAUGGAGCUAGCACUCAAUUACAUCACACACGGAAGGGUAAUUUCACGACCUAUAUAUCCCUCUCCACCCCAUCAUUUGCUGCAUUUGUUCCAUUUAUUUCAUUCAUGCGUCCUUACACCUCCAAGACCCCCGGCCUCCACUUCUGAUCAUCCCUUGGUUAAAUUUUUCUUAAAAUUUAUGCCUCAACGACGAACCCCUUCCGACAUUCAUUUCACCGAGGAACGGACCCCGAGAACGAUCCCAUGUGCAUCAGAGCUCAGGGAGGCAGGGGUCCGGUUUGAGAUGAAGGAGAGCGACAGUUUCUUGGACGUGACAUUCAGCAAUCCUGUACUCCAAAUUCCAUUGCUAUCAGUCGGCAACUCGUUGAACCCCUUGCUCCGUAACCUCAUCGCCUUCGAGCAGUGCUGCCCGGAUGCAUGUAGCUAUUUCACAUCUUAUGCAGUGCUGAUGGAUGACUUGAUUAACACGCCAAGGGACGUAGCCAUCCUCCACAGCCGGGGGAUCGUCGAAAACAAGCUGGGGAGCGACGAGGACGUCGCGCUGCUCUUCAACCGGCUGAUGACGCAUGUCACGUUCACGGCGGAUAGCAACAUCUACGCUGAGCUCUUCAAGCAGGUGAACGCGCACUGCGGAUCCAAGUUGAACAAGUGGCGGGCAAAGCUGGUGCGCGAGUACUUCAGCAACCCAUGGUCCAUCAUCUCGCUGCUGGCCGCCAUUGCUCUGCUGGUUCUCACCAUCAUACAGACCGUCUUCUCCAUAACAUCCUACUACCAUGUUCCAACUCACCCUUGA